UUAACAGAUACAUUGAAGAAGAUUAACGUGGUCUACAAACAAAAUCUCCUUAUUCUUCAUAAUGUGAUCCAUGUUUGAUCGCUACGUCCAGAAAUGGCAGUAGACUUCAAAAUGCCAAGUUCUGUCGGUCCGACGAAGUGUUUGGCGGUUUCAUUCGCCAAACACACCCAGACUCCGUCGUGUGCCAUGAACAUAUUUGAUUUGUUCAUGUCAUUCAAGUACAUAAAUAUCACUGGUCAACAAAAUCCGUGGCUCGCACAAGCUGUGCAAAAUUGUUACCUGCUCGGGCACUUUGAACCCUAUGUGCUGUUGGUCGGUGGGAGUGACUAUCAUCUACAAAUAGUCAAGUUAUCCUGGAUGCGUACUCAGCUCAAGUCGCCAUUCGGAUUUACAAUCGAGUCCAUCUCUGAUGCAGGUGGUCUCUUGAUGCAACGGGUUCCACAAUAUAGAACAAUGCGCCUGGAGGAGGUUAUUUGUCAGUUGAUUUGGCAACACACCCAAACGGAAGCAUAGCUGAUGCGGUGGUCUCUUGAUGCAACGGGUUCCACAAUAUAGAACAAUGCGCCUGGAGGAGGUUAUUUGUCAGUUGAUUUGGCAACACACCCAAACGGAAGCAAGCUGCAGCAUGGAUCAGCUGAUGUCUGCUUUGACCAAGGUCUACCGGGAUCUGCAAAUGCGUAGGCCCUCGUAUGAGGCAGUCAAAGUUGCACUGUCUGCCCUUCUGUCUGCUGGCGCGGUCUACUUCAGUGGUCGCGGUUAUAGUCUACUGACGGCUGAUAAACUUGAAGUGGUAAAGUGGCUCGAGAAUGUCCCUGAGGCCGCAUCGCUGUCCAGUGACGAGGCUGACCAAGACUGUCCGACAAAAGCACCCAUAGCCGAACUGGAACCGUUGUCACUGAAAGUAGAAGACUCUCCUCAUUCCUGGCCAGCCCACCGCACUUCCACCUCCCCCACAUGUGGCCCAUAUGCCACGAGCCCUGUAGGUAGUGCACGGGUGAAAACCGUGGACGAUCAACAGACUAUUUAUGAAUCGGCCAGUCCAAAAGCUCGAUCACGUCAAAAUAAUCGAGUUCGACUCAUAAAGUCCAACGCGACUCCAGCAACAAGCAACGCAAAAAGCUUCUUGCGUCAGACCGAGCCGUGGGCUGCACCGACCUAUGUUUCGCACCCCACAUUACGGUACUGCCCCAAUGACAACAUGCCACAUUACGACACACCACUUUCAGCGCCUGCUCCACCCAUAACCGAGUCUAGGAUUACAAUUUCCUCCCCGGAUGAUCGCUAUUAUGUCCGAAGACCUGACUGCUCGCGGAAGAUGAAUCCAAACGUGCCAAACUCACGCUUCACUUCGGAUGUGAAUGACCGGUGUCGUUCAUCCAGUGCCGAUCAGCUGCAAUCGAUGACUCGAACGAGCAGACGGCAUGAGAAAAUAAAACCUCUUCAGCUUCCCAUCAUUAGAUGGAUAGCAGAGCGACUACGUCGUCUCCGGGUCACUUGGCGACGUGCAGGUAGCUCAAGAACCACCAUGCAAAAAUCUUGCCAGUCCGUGUGCGAACCAGUGAACAGUGAGAGUAUCAUUCAGUCCCAUCGCAAAUCACAUUCCAUCGCAAUUCCGAAUCAGUUGAGUGGUCCCGGUAAUAGCAAACGCUCAGAUGGACACAGCAACCCUCCUGCCACACCGUCUACAUGUCUCGCCACCUAUGACUUUAAACCGAAAUAUUCCAGUCUUCGGAGGUGUUUUAGUCUUGCUGAGGAUGCGGACGAGGGUUUGACGAAUCGAAAACCUGCGCCAAAACUUAUUGGAUCAUUUCCUUCCGACACACGUGUACCUGAGGCACCCAUGGGACAGCUGAAUAAUGUAAACCAUGAGUUGCCCAUUUAUCAAUCAAUGAACUUGGGCCGGGCGACGCAAUGGUUCUCACAUCAAAACUUUGUAGGCAGCCCCUCCUACUUAUCGUUGGUGGCCAGGGCCCAUUCCCAGCUUGACCGAACUUCCGUACAUCAGUCCCGUCACCCAAGCCACUCUACGUCUCGUCUCGCCAUUCCUGGCUCAAAUGAGCCAUCUCAUCCAGAUUGGUCCUAUAGACCGCAGCAUCAGAUAUUAAAUCCGCUCUCUACUCCAACAAACUUGAAGCCUUCUAGGAAACGACCUGCCACACGAGAUAGCGGCUUCGCCGAAUCCGACUGCGCAACACAGCCUGUUGUUGCCGUGCAACUACGCGAUCGUUCGGUAGGCUACUCCGUUUCACCUCUGUCGAAAUCCUCAGAUGGUGGUGCAUUUCUGAACCCGGAUGCCUCAUCGUUAUGGCUUAAUUUUCCUUCUAACUCACCACAUGUCUGGUGGACCACCGGAUUUCAAAACCCGGCUUCUCGUAAUAUCAUGCCUUCAAACUCUUCGGUUCUUGUGCCCACAACACACCGGUACAGCUGAGAAGCGGUAUUGACCUCAGUUUGACCCAGACGUUAUUGCACAAAAAAUGAACACACUGUUCGCCUUCCCUAUGCCGCCUUAGCAGCGAAGCGCCAAACGUGUCAUAAAGAUUCAACCUCUUUAAACUUAUUAUUAUUAUCAGCGAGUUACUUCUUGCUUUCUGUGCCGUCAAAAUGAGCGCAUUUCUUAUUCAUGACGACCCUUGGAGUCAGAGGCUGCUCCCGAACUGUGUUUACCUGGUUUCUCUUGGCUUCUUUUUUAUAUAAAAAAAAUACUCCCUAUUCUUCCAACUUAUUUACUCUUUCUCUGACCGAGUUUGUGACGCUCCACGACUCUCCAAAUAGAUGCUGCUUCCGAAU